AUGGGCAUUCCCACAUGGUGCUCUCUCGAUCACUUUCUAUUGAGAAAUCUUGAAUACGGGGAUGACUUGGUAGCAGGCCAAGAAGCUCACGUGUUCAAGUUUGCUGAUAAGCCAACGAUAUUCUUCUCAUGUAUGAUAAGGCUAGAGCUAAAAGAGAAUGACACCAGCGUGUGUACGAAUUUACCCCACUAUCAAGCUAUACAAGACAGUCAAAGCGAAUCGGAAGAACCAUCCGAGGGUGAAGAAAAUGAAUAUCAACUGCUCCGAUCGAAGAGAGAUGGUCAGACUGCUUUUGAUAUCGAUGUAGCCGCUCCAUCCGUCGAAGUGAUUGAUCUUCCCGAAUAUGAAACUGAUGUGGAUAAAGAGGAGGGUUCUACUCAAAAGCUGCAGAUUUGCGUCUCCCGAUUAUCCUUGGGAAUUGCAAUUUGCGUGACCACCUGUCUUGCUGGCAUCGGUGUUUUCGUCUACCUCAAACUUUCUCAGAAGGCAAAGAAAGGAAUGCUCUGUCGGCGAACCCUACCGCAUCCGGACUUCUAG